AUGAAAGCCAAGGGGGCUCUCUGUGAUGUCGUCAUGAAAGGCGCUGAGGAUUUGUCAGAUGGCAUUCCGUGCCACCGCAACGUACUCAGCGCGCACAGCUCGUAUUUCCUCACAAUGUUCACGAGUGGUCUGAAAGAGUCGUCCGAAUCCAGUGUGCAGCUCCACAACAUCUCCACGAGCACUCUGAAAGCGCUGAUUGAUUACGCCUACACACUGGAAAUCAAGAUUGAUGCAGACAACGUCCAGUCAAUUCUGCUUGCGGCCCUGUUUCUGGACAUUGUUCCCGUCGCCAACUUGUGCUGGGAUUUUGUGGAGAAGCACAUGGAUGUCUCCAGUUCCUUGAUGAUUCACUGUUUGGCAGAUAGGCACAGCAAUGCACGCGUGGCCGCCAAAGCCAAAGCCAUGGUUCUCAGCUAUUUUCUCCAAAUCUCACGGAGCGCUGACUUCCUACUCAUCGACACACAAAAGUUGACCGAGCUUAUUGCAUCCGACGAUCUGCGCGUGGACAAAGAGGAUAACGUGUUGGAAGCGGUUUUGCGCUGGCUGGACUACGACACAACCGUCCGAAAAGCGCAGCUCUCCGAUGUGCUGCAGUUUGUGCGAGUCGGCUUCCUGGGUCCUACCUCCCUGGAACAGUAUUUCUUGGUGCUUUUGAAUAGCGUUAACAGCGCGCCUGCUCCCGAUUUGCCCUCCGGCGUUAACCGUUUGUGGAAAGCCAUUGUUUGCGCUGACCUCCCAGACAAUAUUGUGGCUCCCGGCUUAGCGCUGUUAGAGGAUGGCUCGAUAUUGGCAUGUGGCGGGUUCUCUGGUGCCAGCGCCUCGGAAGACCGAGUCUGGCGCUAUGAUACAGCGAAAAGUACAUGGACCCAAGUCGAGUCAAUGAACCAUCAUCGCUAUGAACUGAGUGCGGCGACGUUGAACGGCCACGUCUACGCUGUCGGAGGAAUUGCCUCGGAUCGUCGGGUAUUGUCGUCGAUGGAGUUGUACGAUGCGCAGAGAGAUGAUUGGGAUUUAAUGGCUAGUCUGCCUCAUGCUCGGACAGCCUUCGCGAUGGUGGCCUUUGAGAAUCGACUAUUUGUGUUCGGUGGCACGAAUUCGCGUCAGCAUAUCGUGCAGACCUCUUACUGCUACGACUCAAUCACUUAUAAAUGGAGCCAAAUGGCCGACAUGCCGACACCACGGUCCCGUUGCACUACGUGCGUGGGUACAAGCGGACUAAUCUAUGUGAUCGAAAAUACCAUCGAACUUCGGGAUUCCGCUGUCAGUGUAUGCCUGGACGGAAAGAUUUUUGUCAUUGGCGGAACCACUAAGUCGAUCGAAUACUACAACGAAGAUACCGACACGUGGACCCUACAUAAAUGCGUUCUGCCGGAAGCGAAGUAUCUCACCGGUUGCGUUGUAAUGUCAAUGAAGCCAAGUGCGAGUCUGGCUGAUGGAGUCGAUAAAUAACAUCCUCGCAAGCGGGUCAUCGGUAAUAUCCAGAAGCGGAUUCCUGGGACCGGGAGCACUGUUGCGUGUCGGUUCGGUGCGUGUUCUGUAGCAUCGGUUGUUGACAUUC